AGAAAUCUGGCCACACUUCCCGCUUUGUGCCAAUCCGACUGAAGUUAAAAAUAAUAGUUAAAUUGGGAGUUGGCAAAAUGCAGCGCGACGAAAAGCUUUUUGAGCUGACGCUGGAAACGGUCCUUCAGCGCCUGAACGACCUGAAGCUGGCAGUUCUCUCGAUGAUCCAAAAACUUGAGUUAGAGUACGAGACCAUCAACUGGCCGACUUUCCUGGACAACUUUGCCAUUAUCUCAAGUCACUUGACGGGAUUGACGAAAAUCCUGGCAAAGGAGCAGUGUCCGCCGCUCAGAAAUCGAACGGUUCUGCCCCUUCUGGUCUCCAUGGACAGGGAUGACACCCUCAUCAACAUCACAGAGGGCCGGGUGCCGGUCUUUUCACACGACAUUGUUCCAGACUAUCUGAGAACUCGGCCGGAUCCGAUUACGGAACAAAAAAUGCUGCAGAACGAACAGAAGGCGGCGAACCUCACCAACGACGCUGCCAUGAAACAGGUUACUCAAUACAACAAGGUCGUCUCCCACGUCCUGGACAUGGUCAGCAAAGCGCGCGAGGAGUGGGAAAUCGAGAGCUCCUCGCGCACCGGCAUCCAGCAGACGAGUAGCAUGGCCGACACACAGCUCCUGGUGGCCGCUGUGGGUAUGGGAAAAGGACUCAAGCUGACCAACUAUGGACCCGGACCUGGCAUGAUGGUACCGCCUUCAAUUCGAGCACCCUCGCCAAUGGGUGGACCCGCUAUGAGUCCCGGCAACGUGCAGCAGCAGAUGGGAAAGGCGCCAUCGGCUGUGAAAACGAACAUCAAGUCCGCAAAUCAAGUGCAUCCGUUCUCUCGAUAAAAAACAUCAGUUUAUUAGCUAUUAUCGGUUCCAUCUGGCGGAAUGUUUCGUCAUAAUAAGUUAUAUGUAUAUCCCUAAUUCUAAAACUAGGAUUACGCAAACAUAAACAUGAACAAAUUUAAA